UCAAGGUUGAAUCUGGUUAUAUAAGACACUUUUGAAAAAUGGACAACAUAACGCGUUGACGCUUCCCCCUGAAGGACUAGCUGAGAAAUGUCAUCUUCAUUUACUGCCAGUUACGAGAAUGUGUCCAAGAUUGCAGACUAUAUCCGAACAUUGAUAACUAUUGAACCAGAGAUCGGAAUCAUCUGUGGAAGUGGUUUAGGAAAGUUAGCUGACGGAGUUAAGGACCCAAAAGUGGUUCCGUAUACAGAUAUACCUAACUUUCCGAGAACAAGUGUUGUUGGACAUUCUGGAAACCUGGUAUUUGGAACUUUGAGCGGUCGUAAAGUAGUUGUGAUGCAAGGACGGUUCCACAUGUAUGAGGGUUACAGCAAGCAUGAAAUAGCUAUUCCCAUACGAGUUAUGAAGCUGUUGGGCGUCAAAACUCUAUUGGUGAGCAAUGCCGCUGGUGGCCUUAACAGAAACCUUAAACACGGUGAUUUUGUUAUCCUGAAAGAUCACAUUUACCUUGCUGGGUUGUCAUUGAACAACGUCUUGGUUGGCCAUAAUGAUGAUGUAUUUGGCCCUCGGUUUCCAGCACUGUCAGACGCAUAUAACUCGGACCUGAGAAAACUGGCUUUGCAAGUGGCCAAAGAGGAAAACUUUCAGAACCUGGUCCACGAAGGUGUCUAUGUCAUGAAUGGUGGCCCUAAUUAUGAAACACCUGCUGAGUGCAAGAUGCUGCUUAUGAUGGGUUGCGAUGUUGUUGGUAUGAGUACUAUUCCCGAAGUGGUAUUCGCUCGUCAUUGCGGAAUGAAAGUCUUCGCUGUUUCUCUAGUUACAAAUAUAAGUAUACUGGAUGUUGAAAGCAAGAUGAUUGCAAAUCAUGAAGAAGUUUUGGAAACAUCUGCUAAACGUGCUGUUUUAUUGCAAUCAUGGUUCGAAAAAAUUAUUGCCAGAUUGCCUGAACACUAAAAUAACUGUGAUAUAUAGCUUCUUCCUUGUACUCUGUAACUUCAUUGAUUUCAAUUUUCAUAUGCACGAAUAAAACUUUCGGUUUGUUUUCUUCGUUAA